AUGGCAGCUGCCUCGUCCUCACAGGGGUCAAAGGCAAACAAGGCCAGCAGACAGAGCAUCUCCCUCACCGGCUCCCCAGCUCCCCACCCCGACAACAAGCCCAGCGGCUCGGGCGCGACAACCCCCAAGCGCCGCCCACAGUCAAAACGGCAUAGACGUCGCGGGAAGAAGGCAGGGCUCCAUUCGGCACCAGUGACCGAUACCGACGCCGACUUUAUCGACAUGAGCAACGAAACUACAGACGACAGUGACAUUGAGUUUCUCGAUGGUCCCAGUGCGGCUGGCCCCAGCUCGCGCCCCGACGAGACGGCCGGUGGCGAGGUUGCUGCCACCGACACGAAACGCAAAGGUCGCGGGGACACUGACCUUGAUGCGCCGUCGACACCCUCUACUUCUACCUCAUACCGCCCGACCACCUUUACGCCCUUCCGCCCCAUGACGUUUGGCAUGGUGGUGGACGCCGAGGACGACGACGAACAGGACGAGCAGGAAGAUGGCGAGAUUGUGGAGAGCAGCACACCCGCAGCCAAGACGAGCAAGAACUCGCCACCACCCGGCGACAAGGGCGACCCGGUGCAGUCCAAGCCUGUUGUGCACGACCGUUACGACAGUGGCAAUGAGAGUGUCCUUCUCCUGCCGGGGCACGUCACCAUUGCCAGUGCGCACGCAGAAGGCGAGGAAGGUGAGGAGGAAGACGACAGUCCCAUGGAGGACGUCGAGGGCGUGUACACCGUGGACGAUGACCGCGCAAGACGCGGACACAAGAAGCAGGACUGCCCCGACCCGGCGUCUCGCAGGUUACGAAUCACUGGCUGCGUCCGCUGCGGCGUUCAGGACCACACUGAGAAUUCCUGCCCCCUCAUCUGGCGCGUCUACGUCUACCGUUCUGCCAAGGACCGCGAGGGCGUGCUUGCUAAGAAGGCUGCGUCCAAGGGAUGGGAGCGCGAGGCUCUUGGUGGAAAGGGAGAUGAGUGGUGGUGCUACAACUGCGCUGCAUUGGGCCACCUGGGUGACGACUGCAAGCUGCGCAGAGGCAGUCUCGGCCGCGCGGUAGCCCACUCGGCAUUUUCCGACCACACGGCCUCGAUGGGACCAUUUGGCAACAAUGGAUGGCGCGGCGGCAAGUCCAUGGGCAAUCCCUCCGGCCUCCACCAGCGUUUCGAUGACGACGAGAGGCUGCCCCAUGCCGAACGUUUCCAAGGUGCCGACGCCGGACGCAAGACGCGCGAGAAGGAGAAGGAGAGGCAACGUGACCGCGAACGCCAGGCGGAGAGGGACAGGGACAGACAGCGCCAGCGAGACCGUGACUCUGAGUAUGACCAGUACCGGUCCAGCCGCGACCGCGAUCCUUACCGCCGCGGCCGUGACGCCGACCGCCCGAUCCUCCACGACAGCUACAGGCCAUGGGACUCUGAGCGCCGCCCACGCUCGCCUGAAGGCCGUUACCGUCCAUGGGACUCUGAGCGUCGUCGUGGACGCUCGCGCUCGCCCGAGCGCCGCGACUCUGGACCCAAGGGCAAUGUGUUUGGCAAAAUGUCCAUGCCACCCACACUCGCUGCGCGCAUCUCGUCUCCUGGACCAGCCGACUCGCCGUCCAUUGGCCGUUCGCGUGGUGGUGGAAACGGUCGCGACUCGCUGCUCCAGCGUGCGCUCGCCGCGGACCCGGGACGCGGCAGCGCCUCUCCUGCGCCGUCGAACGCGAGCUCAAACGCCAGCGGCAGCGGCAAGAUGAGCAAGAAGGCCAGGAAGGCCGCCGCCAAAGAGCAUGCGGCCGAGCGCGACUGGGAAGCUACUUGGCGCCGGAGUGGUGCUGGAGGCGGCAACGUUUCCUCAUGGGGCGACGACAUGGACCGCGAGGAGCGCGCGGCGGCGAAGGACGACCGCGUCAAGGCCGGACCGGUCAAGAAGGCUACAAAGGGGCAGAGGUAUACUGGCGGGUAUUGA